GCCAUCUGCUGGACACACACUGCCAAAACAGAUCUGAAAAAUGGAAGUUAUCGAAACUUUGUUUCAGGAAUGCUGUGGUUAAGUGAGCAGUUUCCAGCUGAUCAACCUGGUGAUAAAACACUACAUCUCCAAUGGGUUGGUUCUAUGUCUAAAUAUGUUGGGAAUUUGCCAUGCACUUGCUUAUACAGUAUGUUUGCAGUGUUUACACAAGUAAAUGUAGUCCUACAUUUUAUUUAUGUAUGCUACCUAAGGCAUCCAAAACAUUGGCUGAGUACUCGCAUGCGUUUUGACAGCUUCUCUAAAGCUUUCAAUCAUUAUGGUGCAUAUGAUAUUAUGAGGUGGUCGCUAAAAGAGUGGACUUGGCAUACAAGUUUUAGCCAACUCCAACUGAAGGACUAGCAAUAAUGUUUUAGUUACUUCAUGCUGUAUGAAUGUGUGUUUCUUUUCCUGCUGGAUGAAAUAUAUGAAGUGUGCAACAGAGACACAGGAAGACAUCACACCUUCGUAUGAAACUCUUCUCUUUUGUGACUAUCUACAACUACACUAAUACAUGAACUGAUUUGUAUGUGUGUGUGUUUUACUCUACUUGACCAUGUUAAUGUACUAAAAAAAUGUACUAAAAAAACUAACCCUACUUAGCAUCUGCACUUGUUGUUCUGUAUAUUUCCUGUGCACUUUGUUUCUACUAGUGAUGUCAGCUGUAAUUAUGUCCUCCAUUGUAAAUCGCUUUGGUUAAAAAAGCGUGGCCAAAUGCAAUGCAAUAUAAUGUAAUGUAAUGUAAUAAUGUGGAAUGGCUGAGAUGAAACUGCGCUCAGUUCCCCUUCUUCAAAGCCACUGCUUGCCUGCCAACACCACAGAUGGAGAUUAGAGUCCUGUACAGUUGUGUCCACCGUUGACUCUGUAAUAAGCUCAGAUGGUCUUUUGUCUUUCAGUUGGUUUCACAAACCAGUUCGGUCUUGGUGCUUGCUUUGUUUUGUUUUGUUUUGUUUUGUUUUGUUUUUGUUGUGGUCUGGUAUUGGCUUACAUUCGGUCCUUCUGGCAUACUAGGUCUUUGGUGGAGUCCCGUCAUUUGUCAGAACAGCUGAGCAGCAUUACCUUUCAGGCUGUGACCCCUCAAGACUCCAGGCUCAGCACAGCAUCAGCCCUGAGUUUACAUUGCUAACGCCAAGAGAGUGUGAAACUCUGUCCAGAAGUUUAGCCAAGGAUUACAAUGGGUUUUAAAUGAUUGAGGCCAGGCUAGCUGCCUAUAACUUGUGCACAGUUCUUCACAGAUGUCAUGCUUUGAAUCCCCUUUUCACAAUAUGUAGGUCAAGUGCAUGUUCCACAAUUUGAGGCAAAACUAGCCUGGCACGAAUUUUGAAUGUAGGAUUGACUUGAUUUACCAAGGCCAUUUCACUUAUGCAACUAAAGGUGUGAAUAUUUCUAGUGAUGUAUGUUUCUGUCAUACAACCCAAAAAUAUCAUUCGGAACAGUUGUUAUGUUUUUCCAGACGCACAUUAUGUUACUUUGGACUGGCUUGCAGUAAUCAGCUGCAGGUCAGCUUGACUUGAGAUUUCCCUCUGCAGUGGUGGAGUUAUCUCUUCCAACCCUAAUGACGCAGGGCCAGAGAAGUGUCUCAUGAUUUCAGCUUUUGUUGAGCUUUUGCAGCAUUUUAUUUUAUUUUAUGUUUUUAUUAUAUUUCAUCUUAUUUUUCUUUGUCACUCAGUCCCCCAAUACAUUAUUUAAAAAACGAUGAUUCAGGACUAUGUGAUUUUGAAGAUUUGCACUGAUUUGUCAACUCUUUCCUUUGGGGUGACUUUUGGUCUUUUAAAAUUAGGACCUGCUUGUUCUUAUUUACAAUAUUUUCACUUAACAUUCUCCCCACCAUCUUUUUAUGACCGUGAGGCACCAGUGUGGCGUUGGUGACUGAUUAUGAGUUGAUGAGGUUUUUGGCUAUAAGCAUCCACAUGUUCUUUUUAAGAUGAAAAAAUACCUAAGUAGAAAGUGGAUAGAAAUGGGUUUUACAUUGCUAUUUUCUCCAGUAUACCCUUUCUGCCAACUUCUGAAGACAAUUAAGUGGGUUUCAGGGACACCAUAUGUGGUGCUUGUUAUGUGUAGUCAUUUGUGUUCCUGGUUGUAUAUCUACAGAUGGCAGUGGCCCCGACCACCUGUACAGUGCCCUGGCCAAGACCCUCUGUGGUGGCCCUGUGGGUCGGCACAUGCCCACGGAGAAGAAGAAGCAGCAGGACAGGUAUCCAGACAAGAGCCCCAACAAAUCUCUGGAGCUCCUCAGGGAAUGUGAGGAGGCUCUGCGGACGAGACCAGCCCGACUACACAGAGCAUUCAGCUACCAGAACCUCAGCGGAGACCUUCACCAAAAGACAAUAAGGGUCAUGCAGUGGAACAUCUUAGCCCAAGCUCUAGGGGAGGGCCUGGAUGGAUUUGUGCGCUGCCCGCUGGAGGCCCUGAACUGGAGUGAACGGAAGUACCUGAUCCUGGAGGAGAUCCUGACCUACCAGCCCGACAUCCUGUGCCUGCAGGAGGUGGACCACUACUUUGACACCUUCCAGCCCAUCCUGGCUCGCCUGGGCUACCAGAGCACUUUCUGCCCCAAGCCCUGCUCCCCGUGCCUGCAUCUGGCCAACAACAACGGCCCCGACGGCUGUGCGCUUUUCUUCCGCCGUGAGCGCUUCGAGCUGAUGGGGUUCACCCACCUGCAGCUGGCUGCUACGCACCUCCACACCAACCAGGUGGCAAUCGUCUGCACGCUGCGUUGCCGGGAGACCAGGCAGAUGCUCUGCGUGGCCGUGACGCACCUGAAGGCACGUAGCGGUUGGGAGAUGCUGCGCAGUGCCCAAGGCCUCGACCUGCUCAGCAAACUGAAGACCAUAGUUCAAGAGACCAGGAGGAUUGGCGUGGAUGAAAAGGUGUCGAGGAUGGGUGUGCCACUGCUGGUGUGUGGCGACUUCAAUGCUGAGCCUUCUGAGGAUGUGUACCGCCAAUUCGCCACCUCCAGCCUGGGUCUGGAUAGUGCUUACAAGCAGCUGAGCUGUGAUGGCGAAACCGAGCCACCCUACACCACCUGGAAGAUCAGGCCCAGCGGGGAGAGCUGCAACACGCUGGAUUACAUUUGGUACUCGCGCCAGCACCUCAGCGUAGAUGCGGUGCUGCAAUUCCCCACCGCUGAGCAGAUUGGGCCUGACCGCCUGCCCUCCUACAAUUACCCGUCAGAUCACCUCUCCUUGGUGUGUGACUUCAGUUUCUGCAAUUCACCCGAGUGAACACGUGAUGGAUGAAGAGAGAAGAGCAUCCCGGAUCUGGGGAUGGUGGCCGGUUUAACGGAAGUCUGCUACACACAUAUUUAACACCCAUAGUUAUGCUGUAGGUAACAAUGGCUACCGUCAGUGUUCCUAGGCGUGAGAACAUUGGGAUAUUCUUCUAGAAAACCUACAAGAAGCCUGGUCAGAUUCCUGCCAAUAAGCCAAAUCUCUUCGUAUACAUUCUACAGAUAUUUUUAUGCUGUGUGUGUGUAGCCAAUAGUAGUUCUAUUUUUAACUAAGGUUUCAUCAGUUAACGGGACUGGUGAUGUGUUCUCCAAAUGUUUACAUAAGAAUGUAAGCAACAGCAGUACUGAGGUCCUGUUCAUUCCAAUAUAGCAUUUAAAGUACAACUAACACAUCACAGAAGGGUGAAAAAUGUUAAAUGACUGCAAUGUGAUUUGGCCAGGCUGCCACAUCAAGCUUGUUGGUUGCUGAUUGGUUUGGCAAAGGUCCCAUAGACAGAAGGUCCUUAGAAACGUGAUCAGCAGGUGUUUACACCAAAUGCCUUUGUAAGCUUCUGGACAGUUAAAACCAAUUAGACCACAGUCUCCGAUAAUGUCUGUGAAGCCUUGGGUGGCUUUCACUGCUGCCCAAUGUCUCGGGCAAGGAAAGGGAACAGCAACAUGUUGGUUUGCCAGACUGACUGAAUGUGGAAUUCUAUGCAGAGUGCCAGGCGGUAUGGACAAGCUCAGUGCAUUCUUCAGAGAUGCUGCUAAAUAACUAUACACUCCCAUCACUGGAAUGGCUUGUACUGGGUCAGUUAUUUGUAGAAAAUAAUAUAUUUUCUUCUGAAAGUAAUUUAUGAAAUCACAUGUUUUGUUUUCUUGAAGCAAGAAUGUAUAUAACAUCUAAUGUUUUUGAAAUCCUUUUCAAAAUGUCAAAAUAUCAAUAAUCUAUUACCUCUUUGUAACAGUAAGUCAUGCAUUCCAUAUACACUAUGAGAUAUACUGCCAUGUGCUAUAUGAGAAUCACUAAACACCAAUUCAGUAUUUUUGCACUUUAAACAUAGGGCUGCUGCAAUUA